AUGUCAGAAAGAGAUAUUGGAAAAAAAUAAAUUUCCUAAAAAAUUGACGGAGACCCAAAAAUUAGUUAUUUUGAAUUUUUAAUGAUUUUAGGUAGAAUAGCUCUAGAUAGAACACCUAAAGAAUAAUUAAAAAAAGCUGAUAAAAACUAUAAAUUUGGGGAAAAUAUAACUCCAAAAUACGACCUUGAUUUUAUUAUUAGACAAAUAGAUAAUGAAUUAUAGCCUAUUCCUCCAUAAUAUAUGCCAUAAGGAUUAGAUGGUAAAAACGCAAAAGUACCCCCAAAAGUAAUAGGAGAAUAACCACCAAAACCUCCAGUGGAUAAAAAUGCAAAAAAGCCUUAAGAUAAAAAAGGUUAAGAAAAAAAGAAAAAAAAAGGUGAAGAAGAGGAACGAGAAAUAAUAUGGGCAGGUAAACCUUAACCUUUACCGAAAAAAACUUACGAUUAUUUCCAAGAAUUGAAUGAUAAUUUAGAAUUUAAAAAUGCUUUAGAAAUAAGUAAAAGAAGCGGAACUAUGAGUCAUAUAGAACCAUUACCAAUAAUAUUAGAAGAAAUGAUAUACCCAAUUUAAACUCCAGCAGAACCUUAGAAAUAUUUAGAAGCUGCAAUAUUAAAUUAAGCAUAAUCGAAUUUCGAAUGUGCAUUAGAAGAUAUUAAUGCUUGUUAUGAUAUGUGGUUAAAUAUAGAAUAAAGAAACGAACUUAUUAUUGCAAAUGAAAUUUUCUUUGAUUAUUUUAAAGGAUCUCUUUUUUUAUCCGCUGGUAGGGAAGAUUUAGCUUUAUCAUCCUUUUAUUCUUCUAAAUAUCCUGCAGAUAAGCUUUCUUUAGACUCACCAGAUAAAGCUUUACCUUAUUGUGGAUUAGGAACUGCAUUUUAUAGAAUGGAAGAAUAUACUUUGGCACUAAGAUGUUUCUUAAAAGCUAGAGAAUUAAGAGAAUAUGCUAUAGGAGGUGAUAAUAUGGAAACUGCAACUGUUUAUAAUAAUAUAGGAUGUUCUAUGAUGAGACUAAAUAGAAAUUUAGAAGCAGCGACUUAUUUUGAAUUAUCUUAUGCAAUUUUUGAUUUAGAAAUCGGCUAGUUUCAUAUCAGAACUUCCACUGUAGCUAGAAAUUAUUAAAAGUGUAAAAAGUAAGGUAUAAGCUAUUUACCGGAAUUUAAAACAAUGUGGAUUACAUAUGAAUAAGAUCCUUUAAAAAAAAAAAAAAGUAAUAAAAAAGGUAAAACAAAAAAGUGA